UCCUGGUUCCCUUAUUUUCCAAUUCACCUCUUGUGAGAAGAACUCCAUCUCCUGAAGUCAGUUUUUAUCUUAUAGUGGAGUUGCAAUGGCUGCAGGGAAGGAAAGUUGUGGACUUGACAAUCUUGCAUUUGAUAUGGAUGUCAUUGAUCAUCAAAGAGGAAAGGACAGAAAGAACGAGGAAGACACAAAUAAACCAACCUAUGGUGUGACUGAUGUUCCACCCUGGUACCUUUGCACUUUUCUGGCCAUACAGCAUUACCUGACAGCUUUUGGUGGGAUUGUCUCCAUCCCCCUCAUUCUUGCGGAGGGGCUGUGUCUGCAGCACGACAGCCUGACCCAGAGUUGUCUCAUCAACACCAUUUUCUUCACCUCGGGCCUGAUCACUGUGCUGCAAGUCACCUUCGGUGUAAGGCUUCCCAUUCUGCAGGGCGGUACAUUUGCUUUGGUGACCCCGGCCAUGGCUAUGUUGUCCAUGCCGGAGUGGAAAUGCCCAGCUUGGACCCAGAACGCCAGUCUGGUCAACACGUCCUCACCUCUCUUUAUAGAAGUGUGGCAGACCCGUAUGAGAACACUGCAGGGGUCUAUCAUGGUGGCCUCUGUCAUCCAGAUCCUGGUCGGCUUCUCUGGGCUCAUCGGUUUCCUCAUGCGCUUCAUUGGCCCAUUAACCAUUGCCCCCACAGUCUCUCUCAUAGGCCUGUCACUGUACGAUUCAGCUGGAGACAAGGUUGGCAGCCACUGGGGCAUAUCUGCUAUGACCACAGUGCUGAUCAUCUUGUUCUCCCAGUACCUCCGCCGCAUACCAAUCCUUGUUCCUGCAUAUAGCAAAGCCAAGAAACUGCACACCUCAAAGUUCUAUAUCUUCCAAAUAAUGCCUAUUCUGCUGGGCAUUUCGGUCUCAUGGUUAGUCUGCUACCUCCUCACUAUCUAUGAUGUCCUACCAUCGGAUCCAGCCCAAUACGGCCACCUGGCUCGCACUGAUGUGAAGGGAGAUGUGUUGAACAAGGCUUCCUGGUUCACAUUUCCUUAUCCUGGUCAGUGGGGCAUGCCAACUGUGAGCCUGGCAGGUGUGUUUGGCAUAAUGGCUGGAAUAAUAUGCUCCAUGGCAGAGUCUGUGGGGGACUACCAUGCAUGUGCCGGGCUGUCAGGGGCGCCACCCCCUCCUAAGCACGCCAUUAGCCGGGGCAUUGGUGUUGAAGGGCUCGGCAGUUUGUUGGCAGGGACCUUCGGCACAGGCAACGGCACUACCUCAUUUAGUGAGAAUGUGGCUGCCCUGGGUAUCACCAAGGUAGGUAGCCGAACAGUGAUUCUUCUGAGUGGAGUUUUCAUGAUUUUGAUUGGGAUGCUGGGUAAAAUUGGAGCCAUCUUCACCACCAUUCCCACCCCCGUGGUGGGAGGGAUGUUCCUUAUCAUGUUUGGAGUCAUAACUGCAGCAGGAAUUUCUGAUCUGCAGUCCACAGACAUGAAUUCCUCCAGGAAUAUAUUUGUUUUUGGUUUUUCCAUGUUUUCUGCACUCGUUAUUCCAAACUGGAUAAUGAAGAAUCCAGAUUUCUUAGAAACAGGUGUUAAAGAGGUAGACCAAGUGUUGCGCAUAUUGUUGACCACACACAUGUUCGUGGGAGGGUUUCUUGGCUUCUUCCUAGAUAACACAAUUCCUGGGACCAAAAGUGAGCGUGGCCUCUUAGCCUGGAACAGAGUACAUCUUGAGGACUCAAGUUACACCUUGUCAACUGAAGAGGUGUAUGACCUUCCCUUUGGCAUAACCUCUUGCCUAUCGUCCCAAUCUUGGGUUCGCUACGUCCCCUUCUGCCCAUGGAACGGCGAUAGAUCUGAGAACAGGUUGCAACAAAAUGCAACAGGGCCGACAGAGUGAGCAACUGCCCCCCAGCACAAAGGUCAUUGGUGAAUACUUCUAGCUUUCUAGUUUGCUGAACUAGAGGUGGAGUGAUACAAUGAAGUAAAAAGCAUGCAUGCCUCUCUAUAUAGGUCAAACUGCUGUUUCUGAAAAGUGAAAAAGGGUCACAGAAAUAUUGUCUUAUUCAAUUUACACUGCAACCAUUACUGGUUGAUAAGGUAGUUUAUGUUAAGGUAUUUCACUGUCCUAUGUAUCAAACUGCCAGCAGUGGGUUAUACGAUAUGUUGCUGUGUAAACCAUGUUUUCAAUAUGC